CGGGGUAGCAACUGCCUCGUGAAUUUCACAUUUACAGAAUAGAGCCUUCAGUAUCCGCUAAACCCUAGGUGAGGGCGGACGUGCGACGCGUUUACUGAACAAUAAUUCCCGAAGUUGCUUUGAUAUUACUCAGUGUUCUGGAAGCUCAAGGGACAACACAGACCGACACAAUGAUGAAAAAUCGCGUGUCUUUGAUCGGCGCCUUUUUGAUGCUCUUAGGAGUGGUCUACGGGCAAACUGAAACCGAACCGCCAAGCACUCUAACAACUAGACCACCGACCACCACCGUAGCACCUACCACGGUGGCCUGGGAGACGGAGACAUUGAACGAAGGCCAGGCUAUCCAGAAAGCGUUGCAGUAUCUCCUGCAAAGCCGCCAGCCGGACUGGGGUUGGGGCAACGAUACACACCAUGUCAUGCUUACUUUGCAGUUAGCGAAUAACACGGGCAAGGAAAUAGAACAGCAAGGAUUAGAGAUGCAAUUAUCUGCUAAGCAAAUGGAUAUCGAGAUAUUGCUCAUGAUGUCAAAGCACCACGAAUCUCCACCACCUCUUGGUCGCCUCGCUGCCUACACUCUGGCAUUAGGUGCUCUAUGCAAGGACCCUCGGUCUUUUCACGGUCGGGACCUAGUUGCUACCUUGCUUCAUCGAGAACCGCCUCAUGACCUGGAGUUCGCUUACGCCACUCUUGCCGCAUGUUCCUCUGCGGCUCAUGUUCGACGACGUCAUAUAAGACGACUAUUGGACAUUGCCAAUGCAGCUGCUGAUCAUAGUCUUGAUGCGAUUUCGAUGGUGAUUUUGGCUCUACGGUGCGUGGUACAGGACCACCGCCAUCGCAGUCUUAUCCACUUCGUGCGUCGUCCAAUGGCUGGUUUAGCGAGGCAACAACACCCUGACGGAAGCUUCGGGACUUUGACUACUACUGCUCUGGCUAUACAGGCUCUCGAAGACUCCGACAAUGGCCCUGGAGCUCACCAACACUGGAGCCUUCCUGCAGCUAGAAAGUGGCUUCUUGAAAGGCAGGAGCCCGACGGCGGAUGGGGAGACGUGGCCAAGACUGCUGCAGCGGUUGCUGCGUUGACACCAGCCUCUCUAGCUGCAGUCCGACCACCGCACUGCAGCGAUAAACUGUUGGAUAGUCGGCAUGAACCAUUAGACAGCAACGGUGGGGAUGGCAGCCUCAAGAUGGCAUACCAAACGGGCCACUCUAGCAAUGACUCCGAGGCGCGCAAUGUCUCCUUCACCUACACGCUAUGGCUUGGCACCAAUGUCACUGAAAACUACACGCUUUACAUGGUUGCUCCCAGAAACAUCUCCUUCUACCACGUAAUGCAAAUGGCAGCUGAACAGGAGCCGAAGUUCAAAUUUGAAGCCAGCGAGUGGCCUAACGGUCACUACGUGCACACUCUUGCGGGACAUAAGGAAGAGCCAAUGGGCUACCACUACUGGCUGCUAUACCGGCUUCCUGAGAUUCCUGACCCAGCUAGCCCACCCGGAAACCAACUAGUCGCGCCUGUUGGUGUGGACGAUUUGCUAGUUGAGGAUGGCGAACAUUAUCUUUUCUGGUACAAGAAAUUGUAAUUGUUAUAACCAAAAAUUUAGCUAUCAUGUUAUUAAAAACGUAAAUAGGUGUUUACUUAUAUCAUUCAUAAAAACAACUUUUGA